GGUCAUCGUCCAUGGUAUUGGUAUUCACGGGUUUUUUGAUUUGUUUGAAUUCAGCCAUUCCACAAAUUUAACCAUAUAUAUACUGUUGCAAGUCUUCCUUAAUGCUAAAAGACUCCCUCCCUGACGUGUUGUACCUCCAGAUGGACAAUUGUGCACGGGAAAACAAAAACAGAUACCUGUUGGCAUUUAUGUGCUACCUUGUAGAGUGUGGCAUUUUUAGGAAGGUCAAAAUUUCGUUUUUAAUGGUGGGCCACACUCAUGAAGAUGUUGACCAGGUUUUCUCAAGAUUCAGUCACUGGUUAUCGAAGUACGCCACCUUGACCCUCCCGAAGUUGAUGGCUGCCUUCAAGAAGUGUUACACCCCGGCCCCUACCAGUGUGAGGACGUCAUCAAUUUUCAACAUCGCAGAAUGGAGCACCCCUUUCAUUAACUCGAUCAAGAAACCACUCCUGCCCCCAAGUGUUUAAAAUCACGAGAAAUGAUUCUGGUAAAGCCGUCUUUAAAUGGAAGAAAUGGUCAACCGACAAGG